AUGCCCCACGCCUUAGAAGAAACGACGAUGAGCACGAGCAGCAGCGACGGCUCGAUGCUCAGGCGCUCUUGGCACGCGAUGGCCGAGAGGUUCUCACCCUUCUCGCCCGCUGCUAUGGCUAAACUGCCGAAACCAAACAGACCUGUAAGGUAUACUCGCGCCGACGACAUUCCAGACGCAGAGCCCGAUGAAGAGGGCAACCUGCCAGCAGUCCGCGACUACCACGCCAUCAACUCUGUACCCACAAAUAUCAGGGUACCGAAGAAAGUCGCAACACCGGUACGCGUCGAGGGCAAAGUCUGGUUCGCAAACGAGCGCACAUGGAUAGCGUAUAUGAACAUGGCCAUCCUCAUCGCAACCUUUGCUGUUGCGCUGUUUAAUGCCUCUGCAGACGACGUCUCCCGCUAUUUUGCUUACUUCUAUGCUCUCGUGAGCGUCGGCGUUCUCGUCUACGGAUAUGUUCUGUAUCAGCAUCGGAUCACGAUGAUACGGCGGCGAGACCCUGGUCACUUCGACGCCAUAGCUGGACCUGUGGUCAUCAGUGCUUUCCUAUUCUUCGGCGUGCUCGUCAACUUCAUCAUUCGAUUCCGCGAAGUACAACGUAAAGGUGCAAUUCCCUCCGGUACCCAAGUGCUCUCGUACUUCACCUUAUGA